AUUCGUAUCGAACAUGGAGAAUGCGAAAACUCAGUCCUUGUUGUUCUUCCGUAAAUGUAACAGCCCUUUUUAAUCAAAUUUCUUUUUGAUACUUCUAUCUAUAUAAUUUUUUUAUAAUAUAAAAUUUAUUUUUUUCAAAAAAAUUAAUAUGUAUAUAAAAAAUACUAUCUGUGUAAAGUGAAAGAUAAUGUUCUAGACUAAUAUAUUCACAGAAAAUAAAAAAAGUAAAUUAAUAAAAGCGCAAUGGGUAAUAAAGUAGCAACAUUCACCGAAGAACAACUCGAAGAUUAUCAGGAUUGUACUUUUUUUACGCGUAAGGAAAUCUUGAGAAUAUUUAAGAGAUUCCGGGAGAUAGGAGAUUCUGGAAUGAUACCGCGUAUCAUGACGCCGCAACAAGCAUCAUCUCUUCGUUUACCCUUAUCGUAUUUAGCUCGUAUUCCUGAAUUGAAGGAAAAUCCAUUUAGAGAACGGAUCUCGGAAGUCUUUACACGACGCCAGGACCCAGGACACUCCACGUCAAUCUCCGAAGGAAUCUGCUUCGAGGAAUUUCUCGAGAUGAUGUCUGUGUUCUCUGAGCAGGCACCGCGGGAUCUGAAAGUCUUUUACGCCUUUAAAAUUUACGAUUUCGACGAGGACGGGGUGUUGGGUAUGGGUGAUUUGGAACGCACCUGUCGGCAGCUGACUCGAGGUGGGCUAAGUACCGAAGAGAUGACUACUGUGUGUCGAAAAGUUCUGGAAGAGAGCGACAUAGACGGCGACGGGGCUCUAUCUUUUCUCGAGUUCGAACAUGUUGUAACUAGAGCCUCCGAUUUCAUGGCAACAUUUCACAUAAGAAUAUGAAAA